AUGCUAUGCUGGAUGUCCCCACUGAUGAGGCAAAAAAGUAUAUCUAUAGUUUUUGUUUGGAAAAUAUCAGUUCGGAUUGUAAAAGACGUCUGCGGUUGAGUUAACUCCAGCGAAAAAUAAUCUUCCGUUGAUUUAUACGGUCUUAUAAAUUAUCUGCACAUCUGUUUUGGGAAAUAAUAUUUCACAAUUAAACUUCAGUUUACCAUGAAUAUUGUCUUGGCCAUCAUUUUUACCCCUAAUUAUAUCUAUCCUCACUAAAUAACUAAAAAUUUGCUGCUGAAUUAGCCUUUUUGUUAACUUGAACUUCCUUUUUUAAUCAGCCCACAACCAAUCGACCCUAUUUGAUGGACACGCACAACGAUUAUUUCCGUGCAUCAUUCAAGGUAUCCCCACAGUUUCAAAUUAUAACUUAUUUCAUGUCAAUAGUUCCUGAAUUUUUCCUGAACUUCUUUGAUAAAAGUAUGCCAAGGAAAACAGAAGUGGGAGAUAGUACAACGAAAGAGCACCAUUUACUACAGAUCCUUUGCCCGGCGUAGGGACUGGCGGCGAGUGAAUACGUUCUCUCGCCAGGGCACUGCUAUUACUUGCGCGCCAAAAUGUAUUAAUUUCUUUUAGUUUUUUGAUUACACUAUUUGCAUGAAACCCAUCAGAAUAAUUAGACCUUUCCUGUUUUGUGGUCUUGUUUUUAAGGAUGUCUCAUAAGCCGCUACGGUUAUAACAUGUUUCAGGUUUUAUGUGAAUUGUAACAAUUUAAACCUUCUUCCUUCAUGUCUGUAAAGUAGCUAUUUAGCUACUGAAGCACAUUUGACUGCGUUAAAUAAAGGUUAUAGCAUUGUAUUGUAUUGCUUUAUUGCAUUGCAUUACAUUGCUUUGCUUUGCAUUUUAUUGAAUUGUAUUGUAUAUUAUUGUAUUGUCACCCGAACAUUUGUGACAUUGCCUCCAAAGCAAAAAAAUUGCGAUUUAUUCCCGAAAUAUUUGGCAGUCUUCUUAAAUGCAUAGAAAAUGAUCUUCAAGUGCCACGCACUAGGGAAAUUAUAAAAGGCAGGGAAUCUCCAAUCUUUUUAUAUCUAUGCCUAAUGCAUUUAUUCUUUGGUUAACUAGUUGUACAGGAAGUAGCAUCCAUCAAGGAUUCUUACAGGAAGAAAGCAAAGAUGACAACGGAGGUUCUUAACUCAAUGGAAAAUGUUAAGUGUAACGAGGUAGCAGGUGUAAUGUAUGCGUUUCCAAGGGUAGCACUUCCAAAGCAAGCUAUCGAGGCAGCCAAGGUAUCAAGUCUUGUUUCCGGCCUUGAUUUCUAGAACCGCACUGCACACACAUGUCCAAUACUCUCGACCAGAUUCCCGUGGACAAAACCUGGAGUCCGACGGAGUCUAGUCGAAAAAUGAAACCGGAAGUUCAGUAGAGUCCACUUGAGUUACCGGAAGUUUAGUCAUGAGAUGAAACCGGAAGUGUAAACAAUACUUAGAGGAGGGUUGGAAAGUCGUCCGAUGGAGUCCAUCGGAUCCAUUGGAAACACAUCGAUUCCGAUGGAAUCUCAGGAAGUCUAGUCGUGCCAUGAGUCAAAAUAGGCACACUGCACGUGUAACAUAACUCGUUCUUUAAACCCUAAGUCGAGAAUGGCAAGCCUAACAGGCAACAGAACCGGUUCUUAAAGCCAUGAGUCGAAACAAGCACGGACGUCGGUAUGCAUAAGUCGUUCUUAAAGCGAUGAGUCAAAACAAGUACGCUACACAAAAAAUAUAACUCGUUCUUAAAGCAAUGAGCCGAAACGAGCACGCUACGCGUAUGGCAUAACUCGUUCUUAAAGCCCAAGUCGAAACAAGCACGGUACCCACGUAACAUAACUCGUUCUUUAAACCCUAAGUCCCCCGGGCACUUUAUUCGAGACGGACUGGCGCGCUUAAAGCCACGAGUCAAAACAAGCACGGUAAAGCUAUGAAACGGGGCAAAAGCCCUGCGAAACGAGGACAGUACACAAGUAUAUGCUUCGAUCUUUAAUGGUAACUAUAAUAUGAGCUACACUUGAGUAAAAUUAUUAAAAGAAACAUACUGGUAGGCGGUAGGCAUAACAUUGAAACUGACAUUACAUGGAUACAAAAUGUAUGAAGUUAUUGAACAGCUGAAGUUUUAAACCUGAGCAAUAUUGAAUUAUUAUUUGUUUUGUAAAAUACUUAGUAAAAAACAUUAAGUGAUAAAAAGCCAUAUAAAACAUUACAUAAAUCAGUCCUGGUCACUUCACACAUCAACCAGCUGUAGACAGAAAUUGAAGCUGGAUGAUUCUAGGUCUCUUCCAUAAGGGCCCAAUUCAGAAAAAUGAAAGAAAUAUGCUUUUUAUCAUAUUUUUAUAAACGCCAAUGAAAUAUUGGGUGAGUUUGUGUUCGAAAACAUGAUAUCUUCACAUGUCAAAAUAACAAGUGAGUUAUCUUUGCAUGUAGGCGUGAAAAUCACCCCACGCGCGCCUUUUCUCGCGUGGGGUGAUUUUUACGCGCGCUCGCGUUUCGCUCGCUCUAUACUAUCCCUGAGGAAAAAUAGGGGACUACUCGUAGUUUACUUUGCAUGUGAAAAGAUCACCAUUGCUAUGGUACAAUAUAACAACUCACACCUUUUACAUAAAAAAAAAAAUUAUUCAUUUAAUAAGUGAAAUGGUUAAGUAUUUCAGUGGUAUAAAAUAAAUGGAACAUAUUGCAUGGCCGCUCGGAGAUAUGAAAUUUCUCUUCUCAUGUUGAAACAAUAUUUCACUGCUUCCAGCAAGGCUUACCCUUCCUCCUCUGUUGGAUUGCUAUUAAUCAUGCCUUUGUUGAGAAAAGCAUGGACAAAAUUCUUAUAACAAGUUAGAGUUAAUUUGCGUUUUUCAUGUAAAAUCAUGCAUGCCCAACCCUAUUCUGCACCCUACAGGAAAUAUGUUGGAUAUAUGCACGCAGUUUCAAUAUGUAAAGGGUGUGGGGAAACAGUGCUAGAUUUAGUACAGGGUAUUUUUCAAAAGGGUAGCACCUGGCUAUGAGCCAGGGCACAAAUAAAUUACAAAUACUUAAUCAUUGUUCCAAAGACUUUCAAUGCAGGAUUGUAGCUUUUAUGCUGAAUAUUAGACAGUGGUAUUACAUCUUAAGAAGGGACAGUAAAUUCCUUUUAGCUUGUGUUUUGCUUCCCCCCAGUGUGAAUAAAGAGGUGUUCUCACAACAAUUUACCCAUCAUAACCUUAAAAUUUAUAUAGGUCUUGUGUCCAAAAAUUAUUGAUGUGACUUAUACACAAUUUUAAAGAAAGCUUUCUUUGGAGCACUAUCACAUGGCUAGGCUUGAUUUCCAUGCCCUAAAUGUUGUCACACAUGACCUACAUUGGGGAAACAUAGCAUCUGCGGUAACAACGACAAGCUAGUAAAGGUCUUUACUAUUACUUCUCCUCUCAUAACUGUACUUAACAAAAAAUUUUCUUUGGCAUUGUAUCAUGCACUGUAUUUUAUUAGCUUUAUAGCCACUGCACUGCUUUCAUCCCAUUCUCAAUGCCCUUGUCAAAGACAACUUUGAAGAAGAGGAAGAGUGAGCACAAAUAUUCAGUACAGUGGGCCAGAGGAAAAGACAAAAAAACCAUGUAACAUUGAUGUAAAAAUUGCAAAAAUAAUUAUGUUCCAACUAACCAAUCACUUCCUGCUAUCCUACUAUUUAAAAGCUUUCCCAAUAUUUGCCCGCCCAAAUGAAGCCAGUAACAGUGUCCAUUGAAAGAAAAAAAGGGUAGCAAUAAAAGCGAAUAAAGAAGGGAAAGCGAAAUUUGUGACUGCAGUUGUGUUACUUUAAAACCACGAAACUAUCUCAUGCUUUCUAUGCCCCAACUUUUGAAAAUAAUAUUUUCAAUUUGCAUCUGUAACUGAACGCUGUGAACUACACGGCCUUUAAACAGUCUUCUGGUAAGAUUUAGCUCAUAAGCCAGACAGUGACUAGAAAACGAAGCCACUAGCUUCAAAACAAGUUUCUCAGCAAAAUUCUCAGGAGAGGAAUGGGAUAAAAAACAAAACAAAAACAACAAAACAAUGACGAGCUGAACUAAAAGGAUAACUAUUACAAAGGGGACUCAGGAAUGAAAAAAGGUUUAUCAGACUGCUUUGAAGGGGCUGGUCUCACUUGUCUGCUUUCAUCAGCCAGCUCUAGGAACUUCCACACCUGGAGCUAACUGAUGCCUGGCCCUUCCAAAGCUUCCAGCAAGGCCCGUCCCUUCGCCCUUCUUUCACCUGUCACCAUCUGUGCCUUCUUCAGGAAUAGCCGCCUUCUGCAAAUAAGACCUGACUUGUUAUCUUUAUUGUCAGAAUUGAGAGGCGGGAUAACAGCUUUAGUAGGUACAGGGGAGAUUUCUGAUCGUUUUUUGAGAUAUCCUCCUUGUUCCUAAUGUCAUUGGGGGAACCAGACCUGAUAGGUUUCUUCACUUCCUCAUCUCUCUUUACCUAUGAAAGAUUGCAAGAAAAAGGUAUGACAGAGAAAACAAAAUUAAAUAAGGUGGCUUGACUGGAUUUUUUAGGGGGGAUACCUUCCAAGUUUACGCAUUAACUACAUCAGCUCCUGAUUGAUCGUGCCUUAAGGAAAAUCCGCUUCAGCUAAUCAAAAGCACUACCCUGAUCUGGGCAGUGACACAACUGACACCAGUAUGAAAUUUCUGCCGCGUCUAAUUUGUUCCUCACUGACGACAUUUCGCAGGGAAACCAGUGGUGGCAUCGCAAAAUGUUAUGACUGUUUUCUCAAGCUAUAUAAACUGAAACUAUUGUUGAGUUGUUUUUAGUGUUGUUGGUUUAGUUAACCAACCCUGUUUGUCAGUUCUCCUUUUCUUAAAAUUCAUUCUGCAGAGUAAAACAGCUGCCAAGUGGGUACCCUGUGACUGCUGCUCAGCUUUACCUAGUGGUAAAUGAGAAAAUAAUGGUUUUUUUGGCUUCACAGGUCAUGAUGGGAAUUAUUUCAACAGGAAUCACGGAAGGAAAGGGUCGAGCUGGGGUAAUGAGUCCUAUCCCUGGAUAUAGCAUGUACCAGGCGAGGCUACUGCAACACAACACACAUCAGGUAAUACCUAUUCGUGUCACUUGGCGUCGCUUCCCGCGCAGCCUGUUCCAGGCGUUCAAAAAGUAGAACGCAGUGUUUGGGUGAAAUCGUACCCGGAGGAAAGGAGGGGAGAGUGGGACGAGAGCAAGGGAACUCUCUAGUCGCUCCCGUUAUUUUUUUUCCUCGUUAAUUAAUUUUUCGACCGCGCUCUAUUAUCUGAACGCCUGGAACAGGCUACUUCCCGCAAGAAGUGACUCGCGUGUUGCGUCUUAUUUUAAGAGUUGUUUUCACUAUCGUUCACGCAUUUUCCUCUACUUAGUCUGCGUAGCUCGCGGUUUUGUGUGCGGAGGGGCAGCGAAAAGGAGUGCGAGGAGAGUGGAGCGCCCUUUCGCACACGCUUCGCGCGUGCUAUCGCGGCUUUACUUCGUUUUUCACGCUUGCUGAACUGUAAAUAGUAUAACGUCAGAUAACUGUUAAGAAGAAAGAGACUUGAAUCUCUAAAAGAUGGUUGUAAUUUGAAUUAAUUGUUCGCAUCCCGAAAGUCUACUCCUGUAUUUUCCAAGAAGAUUUUCCAUCUUUAAGAGCCGUUGGCGCGUGAGAACCACUACUAGAAAAGCAAAAUAUUACAAAACAAAAAAACGCUUUGCUGUGUUCGAGAAAGUGAGCUUCUUCGCUGCACAAAAUUCGUCCAAGUUUGGCUGAUUUUCACUAACCACGGUGACCGGCCGGUCGUACUCGGAGUCGUAAACGGUUUCAUAAACUUAAAGGCCGGAAUCGGAGUCCCAAGAAUCGGAACGUUUUUGUCUUCCGAUUCCGCUUACGACUCCGCCGCUUACAGUAUAGUAAUAACGAGAGGAAUAAAUCAAUCACAACUCGGUUCCAAGCACUGUGGCAUGUUGUGAAAGACUGAUCUGUCGCUUCUCCUUACAAGUGUAACAACCUUGUAGUUUUCACUACUGACUUUGUAAGCGAAGAAGUCGUAAGCGGAAUCGGACUUCUUUUUCACUAGAUCAUAACGCUUUGCACUUCUAAUUACGAUUAGUGAAAACUGGACCAGUCUUAGCUUAAGAGUUCCCUAAACUAUCCGUCAACCGGAAUAAUUCUAAGAACUUGGUUCCAGUUUUGUUGCAGCAAGAAUUUAUUACUUCAAACUCCGGCACAAUUUUUUGUUUAUUUUUUAUCCUAAAGAUAUUUUACCUUCUUGACGAAGACAACAACUGGGGUUUAAAUAUGUCUAAACUAAAGAAAAAGCUGGGUGGGGCAAGACCGUACUGUUUACCAAGAGCUCUUGUGCUGAUAAAUCCAGGCAAUCCAAAAGGUACAUUGAAUGUUUAUCUAUUUGUAAUUACCUGCAAUAAUAUUAAUGAAGAUGAUGAUGAUGAUGAUGAAGAUGGCAAUGAUAAUAAAAUGUCUCUAUUUACUCUCGACAUUGUUUUACCACACAGUCUGCAGGUUAGUGCGUUCGAGCUUUCUUUUCACGGGGUGUCCCUUGUAAAAGGCGUUCGUUAUACCAAGGUAUUAGCUAUAUAGGCGUUCUUUUUACCGGGGUGUUUUUUUUUUCCCCUUUUUUUGAUGAAGACCUCCUUAUACCGGGAUGUUCAUUAUCUAGGCAGUCGUUAAACUAGGGUGUCCUUUAUAUAGAGAUUCUACGUUAAACCGAGGUGUUCGUUAUAUCAGAGUUUAACUAUAAAAUGUAAACUUGUUCUGUCCUUCGUUUAUCCAUUAACUUUAGUCACGUUUUCUUCUUGUAUAUAUAUAGGUCAGGUGUUGACGUAUGAAGAUAUUCAAGAAGUAAUCAAGUUUUGUGCUCGUGAGAAGUUAGUUUUAUUCGCCGAUGAAGUUUACCAAGACAACGUGUACGCAGAGGGAGCCCAGUUUCACUCGUGUAAAAAAGUCCUCAGGGACCUCGGAGCCGAGUAUAGCGGAUUUCAAUUGAUCUCUCUUCAUUCCAGUGCCAAAGGGUACACAGGCGAGUAAGUUGUGCGUGUGCGUUUUUUCUCUUGCUUGGUUGUUAUUGUGGGCACCUUCGGGUAGUAAACAAAAAUGAUUCAGUGCCAAUUUUGUACCCCUGCGUUCUGUUUGCCUGGGCUUAUUUGAUUGCACAUACAUAACCACAGACAAACCAUUAUUAACCCUUGCACUCCCAAUUACAAAUUACAAAUUUCCACUGAAAUUUCUUGAACAGUCGUCAGGUGUUCUUUCCAACUGUAUUUUUGUAAACGGUAAACAACUUUGCUCUCCAUCAUGGCGGUUUCGUACCAUGCCAAUGACAAGCUGCAAUGGGUCAAUAUUUCAUCUACUGCGGCUACUGGACUUUCUUCAUUGCUGUUCCUUGCAGAUGUGGGCUCAGAGGUGGAUAUAUAGAACUCGUAGGAUUCAAUGAUCAACUCAGGUCUCGAGUUAAAACUUACCUGAGUGCAAGAAGUUGCCCUUCCACGAUAGGACAGGUACGAAUAAUGUAUGUCAUGUAGUGAAAUGGGACAGAGGUCCCUAAUGAAAGAGCUGCCUAAAACCCUAGUCCACAAUUUCCACUUUGAAUUCCUGGAAAAACCUCAGUUAAUACCUUUCGUUAGAGCAAAAGUAUCUUUGUGCUUCUACGAUGAUUUGUUAACAUCUCUCAAGUCCCAGACAAGCCUGGCUGCUUGUGUUUCUCUUUUCGUCAUGUUGGCUUUGUGUUGUUUCUUCCUCUUGUUGUUUUGUUUUGUUCUAUGGUGGUCAGGGUAUUAGCACUUAAGCAAAAAAUUGCAAUAGUUCAGAUGUAACUUCAUCGUACUUAGGCGUCUCUCACACUAUGCGCAAAGAAUGGCGGGAUGGUGAAAGAUGGCUUUGCUCUCCUUUCUUACUCUUCCCUUUCCUAGUCCCUAGGCCUCAUUUUUCCUCGCAGCCAAAGCAUUUCGGGUCACGUGGUCCAUGCGAAAAUGUGGGGGCGUUUCCCGCCCGUUCGUCUCGGAUACGUCACCGAAACGAAUUGACUGAGAGGGACUGGGAAAACGCCGUACAGGGACUAGGCAAACUCCUCCCAUAAAACCUCGCGCUUCUCUUAUUUCCAGUCAUUCGCCUUGUGUCGCGCGAGUCUCGAAGCGCUUGCAGAAGAAGCUGUUAGUGCUUUAUUGUAAGGUACUCAGUCUGUAUUCAUUACGCUUGGUUUCUAACCCAAGGUAAUCAUGGGACUCACUUACAACCAUCCCAAGCCUGGAGAUGAAUCAUAUGUAAAGUUUUCAAAGGUAUGUCCCUAACUGUAACUUAACCCAGAGAAACUCACGCGCCUCGCGUGAUCAUAAUCAGUGCUACUUUAUCGCUCGUGUAAUUUUUUAAAGGGGGCUCUCUCACGGCUGACUACUUUAUGUGGUUGAUAAUGGCAAUAACGAGUCAUUAUUCGCUAUGGAACUUGAGAACUUAGUACUUAGUUGUGAAUGACAGAAUUAAUAGCGUCGUAUUAUUCUUUUUUCAGCUUGUCUCUAGUGCUCAGGCUGUAACGCGUUCCAGGUUUUAACGGAAAUGUAACAAUUUUAACCGUAGCUUUUCACGAUACAUAUAAAAGCAGUGAAAAAUAUAAUACUUAGUCAGGUGACGCCCCUAAUGCCUGCCUGCCUGCCACGGGAUAGCCGAUUUAACAAAUAAAGCUUGUUCCUCUUACCCUGAGUACCAGAGGUUUUUCUCGCGCGUGGGGGGAUCCUUCGGCCCAAGGGCCGAAGCCACGAGAGGCGAUAAAGAUUUGAAAAACCGGAAGCCAUGCAUGAAAAGUCUCUGGUACGCAGGAUAGGUUUCCAUUGAUUCUUUUGCCCAAACAAAACGUCAGAUUCGAGUCUUACGCAAUUAAAGUUUGCCAAGUACUGAAGUCGCUAAGGGACUAGUUGGAGUAAACAAAAAUGUCUAUUUUCUUCUGGAACAUUUGGCAAUCUUCUUAUAAAUGUAUAGAAAAUGAUCUUUAAUUGCGACGCACUAGGGAAAUCUAUAGAGGUGAUUACCUUCAGUAUUCCCAUAUCUUGCUUAAUGCAUUAUUUUGUGUUUUAUUUGUUUUACAGGAAGUAACAUCUAUCAAGGAUUCUUACAGGAAGAAAGCAAAGAUGACAACGGAGGUUCUUAACUCAAUGGAAAAUGUUAAGUGUAACGAGGUGGCUGGUGCAAUGUAUGCUUUUCCGAGGAUAAAACUUCCAAAGAAAGCCAUCGAGGCAGCCAAGGUAUCAUGUCUUGUUUCCGGCCCUGAUAUCUAGUGCCACACUGUAGAAUACUGUCAGUAAUGGAUAUCCUAGGUGUACGGUAAUCCGGAUUCCGGAACCCGGGAAUUUUUUUCUUGUAGACUGAUUUAUUCACUAAAUCAGUUCAGGGGUUUGAAAUUCGGAAUUUAGACCCGGUUGUUCAUAAGAUGCAUAGCUCUAUCCACCGGAUAAAUUCACUAUCCAGUGGAUAGGUAUGAGCGAAACUAAUUGCACUAUCCACUGGAUAGAGAUUUAUCCGGUGGAUUGCGUUAUCCAGGUUUUGAACAGCUGGGGCCUGCUCUAUAUAUGAAGCACGACAUCUCGCUAACGAUUGGAAUCUGGAAUCCACGUUUCAUGGACAAGGAAUACUGAAUCCAGUACCCGCCAUGCCGGAUCAACAACAUAAAAUCCGGAAUCCACAACGUGCGAUCCAGGAGCCAGGAUUCUUGUUGAUGCACCUUAUAUUAGAGGAAUGCCAACCCGUUUCCCGCCGUGUCAGUUUUCAUAAAAUGCGUUCUUCGGUUAGAAAAAGCGAUAAGGGCGCUAUCAUGGGCUCCCAUCUUAUUCAGGCUGCUGAUAAUGUCCCGCGAAAAUUAAAAUUUUGCUUUCUCAACUUUCCUUAUUGCAUUGCUAAAUUCCAUAUGUCGUGUCGAUCUAGUAACAACUCCCAGUAAAGGCUUCAUCGAGGGAUUCAUUGAAAUAAAGAUAUUCCUCUCACAAGGAAAGUAUGUAUGUGAUCUGUUUGGUGAGGGAAGUGUCAGGAUUUUGGGUGGACAAAAGUAAAUUUGUGUAGAUAUUUUUUUAGUUUACUAAGUUGUUGGUAUUGUCAUUGUUAUUUAGGCCAAGGAAAUGCCACCAGACGAGUUUUACUGUUGGCAGGCGCUGGAGAAAACUGGAAUUUACAUGAUUCCUGGCCACGUUUUUGAUAUGAAAGGCAGCGGUAAUAACAACUUUUACUACAGGUAAGAUUUGAAUUAACAAGGGUCAUCAACUUCAGGUCGGAAUUUUUAUGAUUUUAAAAACCUCUCUGUGAUAUCAUUUGCGCCCUCGGGUCACAAGGUUUUCACAGGCUUGUCUAAUAUAUUUAGAUUGAUUAGAUUGACUGCACCUUUAAAUUUGAAAAGACACCUCUUUCCCCCCAACCCCGAAAAAUUCUGCCUUUAUACCACAGGAACACCAAAUUAGGAUGCGUUUUGACGAACGCGAUAAGGGUAUACACAGGUCGGCCCAUAGCCGGGGUGAUUUGGGGCUUAGUGGAGGUCCUGCAACUGGAAUAAAGUUGGUGUUUACAAAUAGAAGGGCUCACAACCGGGAUUAUACGGUACGGACCAGAGCAUAAACUUACUUGGGAAAAGGCGUCCUAAAAGCGAUUUGUCCGUAAAAGCGACGUUCUGUCAGCGUGCGAAAGUCUGAUUGAAUUGGACCAAGUUUCAUCUCCACAUUAUGGCUCAGAAUAAUCCAAAAAGUUUUGAUUUUUCAAAGCCACUAUCCAUACGAAGGAAAUAACUUAAAACGGUUUCAUGUUUUAAUCUUUCUUGGUAGGAUCACUAUUCUUCCUUCUGAAGAGACGUUCGCUCCAAUGUUUGAGCGACUACGAAUCUUUCACCAAGAAUUCAUGGCGCAGUUUAAGGACACGAACUGA